GUUUCGAAACUCCCAUCCCAGUGGGCUUUGAUCUGAACAUAAAGCGUUCGAGCCCUUUGAAAUUCUCAAGCCCGUCGCCACAGUAAGGCAAUACAAAAUUUUAGUAAUCCUCCUUUAGGUAUUUGGCAAAAAUCAGGAGAUCCACGAUGGUGCGAGUGAUCGAAGACAUGUUCGGCAUCGCCGUCAACCCGAUGACGCAGAAGACCGACCGUGUCCGGCGCUUCACUCUUGUCACAGAGCGCGGCAUGUCGGUGUCGAUUCUGACGAUGGGUGCCAUCAUACAGUCCUUGAAGGUGCCCGACUUCAACGGCAAGCUGGAGGACGUGUGCCUGGGCUACGACGACGUGGCAGGGUACUACCGUAACCAGCAAUACUUCUUUGGAGCCACCAUUGGCCGGAUGGCCAAUCGUACAGCACACGGGCGCUUCAAGCUCUGCGGCAAGGAGGUCAGUGUGAGUCGAAACUUGCGGGAUAGGCAUCACCAGAACGGCGGGUUCGUGGGCUUCGACAGCGUCAUAUGGGACGUGGUGGGGGUGCACAAGGACGGUGUCACCCUGCAGCACAUCUCGCCAGACGGGCACGAGGGCUAUCCGGGCGAGCUGACCACCAACAUCAACUUCUCACUCAACGAGACGGGCUGCUUCGGGAUGCGUAUCGAGGCGCGGACGAAGGCCACCACGGCGGUGAACAUCUCGAACCACAGCUUCUUCAAUUUGGCCGGACACGGCGCGGGUCGGGACUCGCUCUAUCAACACAUGCUGAUGAUCAAGGCCCAGAAGAUAGUGGACGUAGACCAGGAGCUCCUGCCCACCGGGAAGCUUAUGCGCGUGCGCACCACCCCGUACGACUUCUCCAGCCUGGUCAGUCUGGGCAAGCGGCUGAAUCAGGUGUCCACCUGCCCGCUGGGCGGUUUUGACAACCAUUUCUGCGUGGACAUUCCUCCCAACCGGGUGCAAUUGGUCGCCCGCGUGGUUCACCCAUGCAGUGGACGGUUCAUGGAGGUGCACACCAACCAGCCGGGCCUCCAGUUCAGCACGGCAAACCAUCUGCCGAGCGAGGACAGCUCGGACAUCCCCAUCUCGGGCAAGGAUGGGUCCAACUAUGUCCGCCAGGGAGCCUUCACUCUGCAGACGCAGAAGUACCCGGACGCCAUGAACCACUGUGACUUUCCCUCAGUCGUGCUCAAUCCCGGCCAGCUUUACGAUCACCAGGUGGUCUACCGUUUUGGCUCCUGUCCCAAGCGAGUGUAGCAACUUAGUUGAUGCUCCCAAAAUAGGCCGCUUAAAUUCAAUUGGCAGUGCAAUCAUUAGGGUUAGUGCUGGCUAAAGUGAUAUUAAAGUUUUUAAUAUCUUUCAUUUCUUGACAAUAAAUUUGCUAGUUGGAAAGGAGGGCCAACGUUUAAAAACAAUGCA